AGAAUGAGAUAUUAAUUAAGUUUUUUGUGAAACUGAUACAGUAUUCUUCCAGUUUAGAUUCAAUUCCUAGACUAAUAUUCAGUGUUGUUGCAUUGCAGUUAAGCAUGAUUGUGUAUUUGGCGAUGACUUGGAUUUGGACGAGAUAACCUAUGUCUCAGAUGUUCUGCAGCAACUUAAACGCCCCAUUCUCUAUUCCCUGUCUCCUGGAACUAGUGUGACACCGGCAAUGGCAAAGCCAGUUAGUGCACUAGUCAACAUGUACAGGAUAACUGGGGAUGACUGGGAUAACUGGGGUGAUGUUGCUGCACAUUUUGAUGUUUCCAGGGACAUGGCUUCUGCAGGCCUGAUAGGUCGAGACAGCCGCUCCGGGAAAUCUUGGCCUGAUCUGGAUAUGCUGCCACUUGGAUGGCUUACUGACCCUGGUUCCAAUGACGGUCCCCACAGAUAUUCUAGGCUUACCCUUCACGAGCAAAGAACUCAGAUGACUUUGUGGGGAUUCGCCAGGUCACCACUAAUGUUCGGCGGGGAUGUAAGGAAGCUUGAUGAUACAACUCUCGGUCUCAUCACCAACCCCACAUUGCUUAACAUAAAUUCUUUUAGCUCAAACAAUAAGGAGUUUCCAUAUGUUACUGCUUCAACAGCUGUGCGGGGGAAAAACCUUAUGAAGACUGGGCAAUUGAGAAGAGUCCCAGCAGAUGUAAGAGAGCCGGAGAUAAAGGUUUUAGGUCUGACGAGUUGCACAGAUUCAGAGGCAGAUGGUUGGUCCGUUACCGUAAUUGACCAUGAUCUCGAGAAAAUUUGCUGGAAAGCAGAAAGCCAUAAGAGCAAGAAGCAACCUCUGUGUCUUUACAAGAGAAAUCCUCCCCUCACGUCUGAUGAAGAGAUGAUAUCCAGCUGGCCCCCCCAGAGCAAGCUGCAGCUUUCGGCUUCUUGCAGUAUGGACAUCUGCUUAGAUGCAUCUCCGAAGCAAAGACUUACAGCACGGGAGAUAAAGAGAGGCACCUUCUCACGUUGCAGAUGGGAAGCUAAUCAGAUGUGGGAGUUUCAUGGUAACGGAUCCCUUGUGAACAGUUAUUCUCGACAAUGUGCUGUGGUGAGAAAGAUCAAAGUGAAUGGAGUCUCUGGAGUCCGCUCUUGGGUAGCUACUGGAAGAGAAGGUGAAAUAUAUAUGGCCUUUUUCAACCUGAACCCGCGGAGUACGACGAUAACAGCACAGAUAUCAGACCUUGGGAAGGUUCUCCCUGUUAAGGUAUUGAGCAAUGCUACAUGUAAUUACAUGGAAGUAUGGAGCAACCGAGACUUAGGUACCAUAGCUCAGACAAUAUCGUACGCGGUGGAGGGUCAUGGCACUGCUCUGUUUGUCCUACGCUGUCAAUAAGCUGGGGCAAACAAGCAUAAUACCGCGCAGGCGAAGCAAGUUUUGCCUCGGAAAGUCUGGAAAAGGAUCUAGUUUAUUGUUCUUGGUUAUAGAGGAGGGAAAACGGUUGAAAGGCUAUGAAGGGCUGCGGCUGCUCUCUUCUCUUAUUUUUCGUUUUCCAAUUUAUUUAUGGAUGGAAAUUGCAUUUCCAAGCGUAAUUUGGUUGGACAUAUUAUGGAAGUACGAUAGCCCAUGAUAUAAUCUAGUAUAAUCUAUGCAAAAAUCUGUAUCCGUUACUGAUAUCUCGUGUUUGAAUUGUUCGAGUUCGUAGAAUAUGAUGCCGAGCUACAAAAACUA